AUGAAGUUUGAUUCAAUUUGCAGGAACGUUUGUCACCUAGGCCGGACCGAACUACAGAAUGCCGUCCUCAAGGGCGACGAAAACUGUGUUCAGCAGCUCCUGCAGAAUCGCGCGUCCGUGGAUGCCACUGACAGAAGCAGCCGGACAGCCCUACACUUGGCCGCCAACGAGGUCUCCGGACCAAGCAACAUAAUGCGGAUGCUACUUGAGGCUAGGGCAUCGCUCAUGGCCAAAGAUGUAACUGGUUUAACGCCCAUGACAUUGGCUUGCCAAUCAAACUGCCAAGAAGCAGUGGCAGUUCUGCAGAGUGUGAUGGCAGACCAGGCAGAGAAACUCAAAGACGAGGCCAGAGAAGAGUGGAAUAAAUUUGUUUUCGAGAUCAAGGCACUUUGGGAAAGCAACAAGUUGAAGCAAGUCCUGGAAAUCCAAGAGCAACGAUUUGGCAAGGAGGAUAGAGACGCCCUCAGCACCAAGAUCGAUCUGGCGGCUGUUCUGCAGCAGCAAAAGGAUUUCACCGCAGCACAGCAACAGCUGGAGGAAGUAUUUGAAGGUCUUGACCGAGCUCCGUCUACCAAUCUGAAGGAUGAACUUUGUGGUUGGUGUGAAAAACCUGCAUGUGCCAGCCCUACUUCCCAAAACUCCAAAGAUUGA